GAGAAGAAGAAACAAGAAGAAGAACAGAAAUCUGAACAAAGUCCAGUUAGUGAUCAGAGGAAGAGCUGUGGAAUAAAAAUGGAAGGAAAAAAUGUGAUACCAAAUCCUUGUUUAAAUUUGGUCUUGUUGGGAAGAACAGGCGUUGGGAAAAGUGCAUCAGGGAACACAAUCCUGGGACGACAAGCUUUCAUGUCAAAGACAAGCAUCAAAUCAGUCACACGAGAUGUUGCUGUUCAGUCUGAUUCAGUCUCUGGGUUUCCAGUCACUGUCUAUGACACGCCAGGAUUUUCUGGUUCAGACAUUAAGGAAGAGCUUAGGAAAUAUGAAGAGGUUCUUCAGAGAUGUGAAUCAGGUCCCUGUGUGUUUCUGCUGGUCAUCAGUGUUGAUAGAUUCACUGAAGAAGAGAGAAAAACCGUGGAGAGGAUAGAGAAGUUACUGGGAGAAAAACGGCUGGAGAAAACCUGGAUUCUCUUCACCAGAGAUGAACUGGAGGAUGAAAACAUGACAAUAAAAGAGUUAAUCGAUGACAAUGAAUUACUGAAGAAACUCAUUCAAAAAUAUGAUCAGAGAUACCAUGUGUUCAACAACAAGAAGAGAGGACAGAGUGACCAAGUGAGAAUACUGAUAACUAAAGUUUUACAGAGGAACUCAAGGAAUCUGUCAAAAAUACAAAGAAUCCCCAUCAACAUCCAGGAUGCUUCUGUCUCCAGUCUCUCAUCCAGACGGAUUGUUCUUCUGGGUAAAGGUGCUGUUGGGAAGAGUGCAGCUGGAAACACAAUACUGGGACAGAAAGAGUUCAGAUCUGAGAUGAGAAUGAAUGCAGUAACCAGUGAAUGUUCAGAAGCUCACACCACUGUUUCAGGCAGAUCUGUGUCUGUAGUUGAUACUCCUGGAUUCUUUGAUGCACAGAUGAGCUCUGAGCAGUUUAUGACCGAGAUAGCGAGAAGUGUUUAUUUAUCCAGUCCUGGACCUCACGCUUUUCUCAUUGUGUUUUCUGUGAAUAAGAGAUUCACUGAACAAGAGCAGCAGAUUCCUCGGAUAAUUGAGAUGAUGUUUGGUCAGGAGGUGUUAAAAUACUCUAUCAUUCUCUUCACUCAUGGAGAUCUGCUAGAAGAAAAGUCUGUAGAGGAACUCAUUAAGGAGAAUAAUAUAUUAAGAGAUCUAGUUCAGCAGUGUGGAGGCAGAUAUCACAUCUUCAACAAUAAAGAUCAGAGAAACAGAGAGCAGGUGAAUGAUCUACUGCAGAAGAUUGACACAAUGAUAGAGCAGAAUGGAGGAGGACACUACAGUAAUCAGAUGCUUGAAGAGGCUCAGAGACGAGAUCAGAAGUAAAGUCAGGAAUGUGUCUGUAGUUGAUACUCCUAGAUUAUUUGUCACAGAUGAAACAUGAAUCUGAUGAGUUCAUUGUAGUCCUGGACCACACACUUUUUUCAUUGUUCUCAGAGUAGAUGUCAGAUUCACUGAACAGGAACAGCAGAUUGUUCAGAAGAUGUUGAUGAUGUUCAGAUGAUGUUUGGUGAAGAAGUGUUAAAUACUCCAUCAUUCAGCUAGAUCAGCUGAAAGAAAACAUUAUAAAGGCACACUUUAAAGUUUACUCUGCAUUAAGACACCUAGUUGAUCUGUGUGGAGGCAGAUAUCACGUCUUUAACAACAGAGAU